CCCUCUGCGCUCCAUCAGUCUGGAUCAGUGCUACAGGCAGGUGGAGAACCUGGCAGGGAAACUUGAAGACUUAAAACAGCGGUUCGGAUUGAGCAGCACUCAGAGACUGAUUCACUCCGCACACCUGGAGAUGGAGAAGCUGCUGAACAGUGCUGUGUACACCUUAGAGCUGUUCCUCCAGUCAGCAGCCAGACGGCAGCCUUCUCAAAUUCCUGUCAACAUGGAAAGAGCCAAAGAAAGAGUUCUGAAGCAGCUGGAUCUGACGCAGAGUUGUCCAGAGGAGGCUCUACCAGGAAGCUCUCCUGGAGAUCACUUUGCCUGCUCUAACCAGGAAAAUGGACAACAAGUGGAAAAGUGAGCUGCAGCAGUUCGAGCAGUACAUUUUCUCAGACUACAGCAGUUUUAUCCUGGUUCAUAAUAUCUAUGAUGAUGUACUGAGAAACAUCCUCAGUAAGGAGAUAGAAACAGUUGUCCAGGAUGUAGCCAGCAAGAAGAGUAACAGUCUGUUAUUGGACACAUCAGAUCUGGCCAUUAGUCAGUACAGUCUGCUGGGGCAGACACCACCUCGCACUGCACCAGGCAGCCCAGCCAUUGCCACUCGAGACUCCUCUUCAGCAGAAGCACCACCCAGUGAAGGUAAAGAACCUGCUCCUGUGGUGGAGGACGGAGACAGUCAGACAGUCACAGCUGAGGUUUCCCGUCAGAGUGACCCUGACCUUAACGCUGAUGACCCCAGUAGCACCCAACGCUGUGACCAGAACACAGUGCUUCUCUCGCCUGUGAUUGUUGUGACACAAGAGCUUGAUGAAUCUGCAACCGAGGAGACUUCUUGUGUUGAGGAAACGCGAGAAGAAGUCCAGCUUGGAACUGACACACCGUCGACGACAGAGUCAACUACAGCUGAGUCUUCCAACUCAGCCACAGCUGACUCUGCAACUGUUACACAUCAAGUCAGUACACCCGAUGCACCUACUGACCCGGAUUCCACCAAUCCCUUCCCAGACUCUGACCUUUCAGUGUCCACUCUGUCCUCACCGCAGUCCACAGAUGCUCAAAGUGAUCAAUCUGCAACGCCGGAAAGAUCUGCUACACCGGACCUCUCAACCGCAGAUAAUGGAACCGAAGACAGGACCUCUGUCCAGCAUCCCUGCGCUUCAUCGUCACACCCGCCUUGUACAGGAAACAAAAUCAGCCUCGGGUCACUAAGCGAGGCGAUUAGCUGCAACUCCGCGAUCGGUUGCAACUCCGCACCACUUUCUGCAACGCAGACGAUGGCACAGCACAGCCUUGACAGAGCGGUCUACUUGACAGGAAAAAUAAAGGACAACUGGGAGAUGGAGAAGGUAAAAGAUGAGAAGAGUAAAGAGGCAGCGGAGGAGAAAGAGAUAGAUACAAUACAUGAGAGCAUCAAAGAUGGGAAGGAAGAGAUACAGGCACGAGAAGGGAAAGAAGAGGACAUAGAGGAGGUGAGAGAUGAAGCUGUAGCCAAAUCAGAAGGUGAGCCCGUUGACGACGGUUGCCAAUCCUCUGAAUCCCCGGCAGAGAGUGCCACUGCCUUAACCACAGAACAGAGAGAGAGCGAAGAGAGGGUGGAUGAUGGAGAGAAAGAUGGUGAGCUUGAGACCCAGGAAAGUCAAGGUGAGGAUGAGAUAGAGGAGAAUGCAGAACAAGCAGAAAGAGAAGGAAAGAAAGAAAAAGAGGAAGUUCUCCAAAGCCCUCAGCCAAUGGGAUCGCAGCCAGAGAGUGCUGCAGAGCUGCCACUCGACAGUGUGGCUAUGAUCAGAGAACUUGUGGUAGAGAUUACUGAAGUGGAGACAGUAAUCAGCCCCUUUACCACGACAACUGACUCUUAGAUCUCACUGUGUUAAAUGGGGCAGAGAAUGGAGGUGAAAGGAGAGGGAGAGUGAGAAAGUCCACAAAGGAGGUUACGAUAUUAUUACUUCGUCACAUUUAUACUUACUAUUUUGAAGAAUACAAAAACAUAGUUUUUACUUACUUUAGGUGGGGUGCAACUAACAAUCAUUUUGAUUGUAGAUUAUUUCUGUCUAUUAUUUUCAAUUAAUUGAUUUGUUGUUUGGUCUGUAAAAUAUCACCAAAUGGUAAAGAAAAAAUGUCAUUCAGUGUUUCCCAAAACCCAAGACAACAUUGAAUCAAAUGUCUUGUUUUGUCCACAACUCAAAGAUAUUCAGUUUACUCUCAAAGGGGGGUGAAGAAACUAAAAAAUGUUCACCUUUAAGAAGCUGUAAUGACAGAUCUUUUUCCUCCUUUUAAUAAAAAAUAUUUUUUGAUUAAUUGAUUAUCGUAAUAGUUUAUAUUUUUUCUUGACAACUGCUUUUGACUUCUGCUGUUUCGUUUGCUGUUUUUUUCCUGCACUGCACUGAAAUAGAUAAAACGACCCAAUAAAGACUUAAGAACUUGUCAGC